UUCUGUUCGUAGAACAAUUUUGACUGCGAAAAAGAGUGUUCAUGUUGUUUUGGGAGUGUUUCCUUCAAAAGUAGAUAUUUCACUAUUUAGUCAUAAAUUAGACCACUAAAAUGGUACCAUUAGUUUCGCCAAAAACGCGUUUACCGAAACGAGUUGAAUAGUGCCAAGUUCGGUUGAAAAGAGUGUGAAAAUCGUGAAAAAUUGAUGCAUGAAUUCGAUGCUGGAAAACUUUUUCGGCCACACUCCAGUCGCAUAGGAAGUUUAUUUUUUUCGAGUGAGCAGUGAAAGAAAGUGCGGUGGGGAAAGUGUGUGAGAGGAGACAAAUUUAAGGAAAAAGGGCAAAUGUUCGACAGCAGCAGCAGCAGCAUUACCAGCAUUAUGAGCAUAUUGUUGGGGUGUCUUCUCGUUUGAUAGUUUUCUUCCAUCGCUGCUGUGUAUCGUUCCUAGAUUCAUGUUUCCCCACGUUUGAGAGACGGCGGAAAGAGUUCAAAUAGCUGUUCGAGUUGCUUUCUAACUUUCAGCACUUGCAAGGGCAGAAACCAUCCUUCCUCGAUGAGCAGCUAUUUUUUCGGUCCGUUGCUAAAUUUGCUUAUGUGUCUCUAUUCGGGAAUUCUCGAACUCCCUACCGUCAGUGUGUGGUGUGUGACUAUUUUUCGGGCGUUUCAAACGAUCUACUUUUCUAAUUUCCCUAAACCAAUUAUGAAUGCUGUUUAAAUGGCUAGAUGAAAACAUCACGAAAAUGUGAGUGACAAAAAUAGUGAGCUUAAGCUGAAUCAAACGGAAUAAGCAAAAGUUUGUUUCCCUUCCACGCCCACGCAAUUGGUUAUGAGGAAGUCUGAAGUUUACAAAAAAAUGGUGUAUCCUACAUAUCUUAAGUGAAAACACAUCUUAGCGAAAAGAAAAGUUAUCAUAUUGUGUGCUCGCCGCAACAUUAGUCAAGAGAUCUCGUUGAGACGGAAAACACAUUCAAGGGGAAAAGCCCCAAGGAGCACUAUUUAGAAGCAGCAACAACAAAAUCAGCAGAAAAUAUGGAUCAAUGCUCAAGUCUGCUCGUGUCUGCUCUGUUCAGCGCGAUUAUCCUCGGCGGUUUAUAUAAUCCAGUUGAAGCCCAACUCCGGCCACGAAUACUGGAGCAUCCUGCAGAUGCAGUCGCCGCCAAGGAGGAACCCCUCACACUCAACUGCAAAGCCGCCGGUCGGCCACCGCCAGAAAUCACCUGGUACCACAACGGCUCCCCGCUGGGACCCUCGGACCGACGAGUGAUCCUCCCAGAAGGAUCGCUAUUCUUUUUGAAAGUUAUGCAAAAUAAGCGCGAGCAGGACGCUGGCGUGUACCACUGUGAAGCUCAAAAUUCAGCAGGUGUGGCUGUGAGUCGGAACGCCACCCUUCAGAUUGCGAUGCUGAAGGAUGACUUUCGAGCUGUUCCGAAGGACACCGUAGCGUUGGUUGGUGGGCCGGUUAUUCUGAACUGUACGCCUCCUCGAGGCAUUCCAGAACCAUCGGUGCUAUGGAUAAAGGACGGAAAACUGUUGGAUAUCAGUGGGAAACGAUUGUCAAUGGUGGAUUCGGGCAGUUUAAUGAUAUCGGAGAUUCAGCCAAACGAUACGGGGAAAUAUGAGUGCUCGGCACAAAGUAUGGCCGGUACCAAGACUACCGCACCGGCGUAUCUGAAGGUACUGGCUCCGCCUACGAUUCUGAAGAGUCCACACGACACGGAGGUGUUGGAAGGGGAAGGUUUUGAUCUUCCAUGUGAGUUAGCAGGAGAUCCUAAGCCGGUUGUUACGUGGCGUAAGGAGAGCGGACGUCUUCCAGAGGGAAGAUCAAGAAAACUGUUAGACAAUACACUGCGGAUAGAGGAUGCUCGUCAGGAUGACGAAGGGAAGUACAUCUGCGAGGGUCACAACGAAGGCGGUAACGUGACUAUUUCCGUGUAUCUCUACGUUUAUGAAGCUCCCACAUUCAUGGAAGCACCAGUUGAUGUUGUCAUCAGGGAAGGAGAGGGAAUCACACUGCCUUGUCGAGCGAAGGGUCGACCCGGUGUGCGCAUAUUUUGGGACCGAAUAGAUAAAGCUCAUGUAAAUAAUAGUGCAAAUAAGCAAUCAAUCCAAGAGCAACCGAUCGAUAAGCCAGCGGAGAAAUCCAAGCGAAGCGUUUCAUUGAAGGGAUCGGAGAAUCGCGUGCGUUCAUUUGCACCAGAGUCCAUUGGCAAUUGGACGAUAAAGAUAGAACCAGUGUCGGAGAAGCAAUUGUUCCAAUUGCCGCACACUUCGCAUCUCGUUCGAAGCAAACGAGAAUCUGUUGAGAGCAAUAUAGAAUUGGAAGCAAUUUCGAGCACAAUUCCAUCUCUGAUUAGCAACAGUGUUAUCCAAUUUGAAGAUAAUGGAGGACUUACGUUGAAAGCUGUUAGCAAAGCGGACGAGGGAUGGUAUGCUUGUGCCGCUCUUAACGAAGCCGGCAGUAUUGUGAAGAAAAUUUUCAUUAAGGUUCUUGACAAAGACGAAUCGUUAGAGGCCAGGAAGGAGCAAAUUCACACCUACGACCAGGGUCUCUGGGUUAGCGAGCAGUUUAUAGUGUUAAAUAAUGUGUUCACAAUCUCAGCCAGCUCGAUUGGAAUAUCGUGGGAUGUGACGGAUAGUGCGACCAAGAUGCCUCUUCGGAUGUACUAUCGAAUUGCCAACGAACCGAUGAGUCACUUUCUCUACAAUUCAUCCUUCGAUAGCGAAGUGACUACGAGUAAUUUGAAGGAGUUCACACUGAACGAUUUGCGACCCUAUACGGAGUAUGAAAUAUUUGCUAGCAUACCGGAAGGGCUAUCCGGUUCAGUUUCAAACAUUAGACGGGGGAAAACAUUGGAUGGUCCUCCGUCGGCGCCACCCACAGAUGUGAGAGUGGGAGUGAUAAAUACCACCGCGGCGUUCGUGCGGUGGUCUCCGCCACCGACGCAUUUGCUCAAUGGGGAGUUGACCGGUUAUAAGAUUCAAAUCAAAUCGAAUGCUACAAAUAAAGUCCUCGGUCAGAUGGUGCUAAAUUCGACAACCCAAUCAGUGGUUAUUAACAGUUUGACUCCCGGAGCGAUGUAUAUUGCCAAGGUGGCCAGUUUAACAGCAGGCGGAAUCGGUCCCUACAGUUCGCCCAUACCACUACACAUGGAUCCGCAGAACAUCGUCAGAACGGAUCCUACUCCAAGUUAUUGGAUGUCUUCCUGGAUGUCCGGCACGGCGCUGGUGAUACUUUGUGUGUGUCUGAUUGGUGGGGCUGUCUUUGCUAUCUUCUGGACUGUAAGGAAGAAACAAAGCGUCAAAGCUUCCUACACGGGUCCAUCCGUACCCACUAUCAUUCCCGAUAAACAGCAUACACUUUGGCUGCAUGGAAACACUCUUGUGAAACCCUCGCACUCUUUGGAUCCUCCAAGUACCUCGGAAUAUGCCGAGUUAACAAAUAACACCCAACAUAUUAAGGCUAGCAACAGCAUCCCUCCCGAGCCGUAUGCAACUGUGACCCUUCAAAGGGGUGGAACUAUCGCUGAAGAAUCGUGCAUGAAGUGUGCCAACAGUCCAGUGUCCAGCGAGUAUAAUGCACCGCUUAGAGAACCAAUCAACAUAUCAGACGUACUGCCACCUCCACCGGAUCAUCCGUAUGGUACAUAUCGCCCACCGACCAGCAUGACGAUCCGAACUAAUCCGGCUGCUUUAUCGCCUCAAAUGAUGCGCAAAAAUCAUGCUCCACCACCAAUGUCGAAUCGUUGGGAUACAAUGCCGCCGCCGAUUCCGAGCUUCCCACAAAACUGGAUCCGCCCACAUCACAUGAAUCCGGCCCUCACGAUGAACAAUGCCGAGAUGUACUCGGAGAACGAUUACGAGAGUGGGUCGGUACUGUACGAACAGUGCUACCGGCCAGAUCAGAUGCCUCCACUGGUUCCACCACCCAGCAACAGCAGUCAUUUUUUCAGCCAUGCCGGUGAACCAACGGAGGAGUUCUACCGCCACAUGAAUAUGGAGUUUGCUCAGGACAUCGGUUUCGAACCGGCCAGUCCACCGGCGCCAUGUCCUGAAACUCCCUUCAAUAGCAAAUACUUGGCAGGUGGUGCCGCGGACAGUCCCAUCAUAUCGCGUAAGGUAGGUGUAAACACAACAACUCGGGGACACCACCCGAACAGUGUGACCAGCAAUAGCAAUAAUUACAAUAGUCAGCACAGCGCUGGCCAAAGCUCCGAAAGUGACAGUGACAACCGAUGGGCUCCGGCCCGGACGAAACGCAGUAGAAGUAGGUCGAAAAGUAGCGAUAGAAAAUACAAUCGAACUCUCAUUCGAUAAAAUAACCCACUCUAUACCACACCUAAAACAAACAAAAACUAAACUUAAGCUCUAUCAAACAUAAACGAAUAAGGCGUAAAAUUUCAUCUCUCUCUAAGUAAUCAAACAAAGCAGCGUGCGAAAACGGCAAAAGCAAAAAAAAAACUAUCUCUCUUAGUAGCAUCAUUACCUUUUACCUUUAAAAUAUAACAAACAAACAAAAAACACGUAACGAAAGCAAACCCUAUUGGAGCUAAAAUCUCUCAUUCUCACACACGCUUCAUAACCCCCUCUUUGGUGUGUUUAGAGGGCCAGUAGCCGGAAGAUGAACGGUGAAACUGUAAGAGAGGCAGAUUUCCUCACAAAAUCAGCGGACAGUUGCUAGGAAAAUAACCGAAAGCUCUAGCGGGCGUCGCGGCUCCAAAUCCACGGAAGGGAUAGUUGAAAGUUGGCUUUCAGGCUUGCUGGAAGUUCCGACAAGCAACCAGAGGCUCAAAGUGAUAGGUUAAGAGAGGUUUAAUUAUUCCGCUUAUUUAUUUUUUCGUUUGUUCUAGUUUAUGCAGUGCGCACAAUUUAGGUUCAAUAUGAGUAGGUUUUAUGUGCAAAUGACUGAUUGACAUGAAUAUAUAGCACUCUUUUUCGGAUAGGAUGCGCUGCGGCGCAUAAUGUAGAUAGACUAGGGGUGGUUACAAAUGUUUAAUUGUUCCUGAAUAGCGCAGUAGGGUUUUGAAGAAAAAAUAUUUUAAUUAAGCUAAGAUAGGUAACAUCAAAGGAUGGCCGAAGGUUCGAUUACUCUUCCUUUAGCUAUAGCGGGAAUGUUGUUGCCCUUCAAUUCUUCGAUUAACGAACUGAGGUAGAGUGUGGAAGUCUUUGGAUGAACUAAAAGAACACUAAAACAUGCAAUUUUUAGACAAACAAUUUUGAACGAAAUUUAAAGUUAUUUUUUUUACAGAAUUGUAAAAAAUUACAUCACUUCAUUCACAACGUAGUCUCAGAAGCGACAAUUAUCGUUUCAACGCAUCUCCAGCAUUUAAAACUUUAGAUCAACAUGUCAAAAGGGUCUAUCUUCUUUGAUCAAUUCUCUUCAUCGACUUUCUCUUUCGUUAAUCAUGGGCUCCCAGACAGAUUUCGCUCCAGUUUUGCCAUGUAGUUUGAUAAUCGAGGUUCCCUUCCAUACUCCUUAUCGUCAAACAUAUCAGGAAAUGCUAUUACUGGCGAGUUAUUAAUGAAAGAGAAUGUAGAUGAAGAGAAUCGACCAAAGAAGUAUGCCCUUUUGACAUGUUGAUCUAGAACUGAUAUGUAGAAGGCACCUUUUUUGUAGUAAUUCAAAAUUUUAGGUUACGUUUUAGGUAUUUAAGCGAACAGAAAUUAAUACAUGAACUUCUGCUAGCCAGAUUGGACAUUUUUGGUCGUUUGUAUGGUUCUUAUUUUUUGCUUUCCACACAAACUACUACUCGUUAGACUCUGUAGUGUAGCGGUAUUGAUCUAUGAACUUAUCCAUUUUGCGAAUAUGUGAAAUAUGUCAGUGAAGGGUAGGCUCUUUUGUUUUGGCCAUGGAUUUCGCCUUAUCUUGCCAGCGGUGUACACGACCUUAUAGAUGGAUUGUUUAAUAUUUUCUGUAUUGAUAAAGCAUAGUUUUUGUGGUAAAAUAUCUUUAUUGCGUGUUUUCAUUUCGAUUUUAGUCCUUUAUUGCUUUAUCCGCGAUUUUUGUUAAACGCGGUGAUCUUGCUAGACUAUUCCGGGGUAUAAUCGGGGUCCUACUGUAUUUACUUUGAACAAAGUUUAUCACGUAUAGUGGUGGAAACUGGGAUUUAUGAUAAGUCAAAACAAUUCUACGCACAUUUCAUCGAAAAGUCCGAAUAAUUUAAUAUACAUGAACCCAUUGGGAAGUGUCAGUUAUCUGAGGUGAAAGUAAUGCGCAUAAAAUACACAGGAAAAACUCCCAAUUCGAAUAAUUUAAAAAUAUUAGAUCAUUUCAUAGCGUUCCUUUUUCUUUUUUCUUAUUAACACAUGUUGCAAAAUUGAGUAUACACAUGCUACUUGACGAUACGAUACCCGACCACUGCUUAGGCAGUGUUGGUUUUUGCCCUUUAUUGAUGUUUGAAAAAGUUUUUUUUAUCAAAAUGACAAGUGAGAGGAAAGAAAUAGAUAUUGUUACAAAUACAAUACUAACAAGUAUAACUUGCCGAGUAAAACCAUUGCGAUUAAUAACAGCUACUGUCGGAAGAAUCCACUCUACAGUAAAAAGAAUUAUAUACAAGUGGAAGUACGAAGGAACCACGGAAAAUCUCUCGGGUAGAGGACACAAACAAAUUAUGCGAACAUUUCGAAAGAACCCUGAAACAAACAUUCCUAAAUUGACUACCGAAGUAGCCGGCACCAUUGACAGUCCUGCCAGCGCAGACACUGUCCGGAGAGUAUCAUACAGGAACAAUCUGAGCGGUCGUGUUGGCAGUGAAAAGUCUUUCAUCUCAAAGGUGAAUAUGAAAAAACGACUAGAGUUUGCCAAGGCAUAUCUGAACAGACCUAAGGAGUUAUGGAACAAGGUCAUUUAUACUGAUGAGACGAAAACCAAUCUCUUUGAAUCGACUGGAGGACAGAUGGUGUGAAAGAAACCAGAAUCGGUGCUCCUGGUUCAGCAUUUGGUUCACACAGUAAAACACGAUCGUCGCAAUGAUUCCGGAUCUAACUGAAUCCAACCUUAUUCGUUCAACAUUUUACUGCCGUCGACAUAUUUGUACAAAAUUAUUAUACUUAAUGUUCGUGAAAGUACGAUCGAAGAGUUGAAGUGCGCCUCAUAUACAAUUUGCGAGUAAUUAGAUGAUAAGCGUAUAUACAAAUUCCGCAAGACUUGAGCCAACUUACAUUCUCCCUUUUGUCGUUGGAGCCGAUCACCAGAGGAACAAAAUGUAGCCAAGCCGUAGUAGAACUAUCGAUUAACAACUCACAACAAUAAGAACCCCUAUAAUAAAACUAAUUUCUCACUAUCAUACCAAAAAACAAAACAUUCACUCACAAACAGAACAACUUAGUAGUAAACAAAAACUAACAGUCAAAUUGUGCCAUGAAAAUCACGUGAGCUGUGGAUUGUUGUAUGAGCAAACAUCCAACCCCACAUAGAACGAGUACUAAGUGUACAGAGAAACCCUUGAGCAAGAGAGUAGACGGUGACCGGAACAAAACAAGAAACUAACAGGUGGAAACGCAGUGGAACAAAGGUAAGAAGAUAUGAAAAUAUCGUUGUUAGUAGUAUAAAUUGAAUUACAUGAAACGAAAGAAGAACAGAAAACAAAGCAUAUUUAUUUUUAUUGCGAUAAGUUGAUAGUGUCACGAGUAAGACAAUGGAAUGAAGAAGGAGUGAAAAAACGGGCAGAAAAAUGUGUCUUCAUUUUUGUGGUUUUCUGUAAAUGGAAGGGGAAAUGUUCGGUUCGGGCAGGUAUUUCAGUUUCGAGUUUUGAUGUUUACAAACAAAGCAAAGUGCGAGCGAGCAAGCAAGCCAGUGUAAAACAAACAGAUCCACAUUCAAAAUUCUGACGCAAGCGAACGGAAAAAAAUCAAAACAUAUGACACAAAUGACGCAAAAAUAUCAACUGUGAUAAGAAAAAACUAAAAUAAUGAAGAAAAACACAAAUAAUUGAGUAACUAUAUCUAACUUUAAAGGACGAAGGGAGGCAAAAUCAAGAAGUGAAAACAAGCACAUAAAACACUUACUACACUUACAAAGUACACAAGGUAAAAAUAACACAUCCAUUCACUCACAUGCAAGGAAAACGGGCAAAAUGAGUAAAGUACAGGAGUUUAAUGUUACACAGGACUCUGAUCUCACUUCACAAAGAUUUUUAUUGCACAUUAUUGAAGGAUAUUAUUGUAAAGAGUAAGGAAGACAAGAAAGUAAAAUAUUAUAUAUAUACAUAUAUAUAUAUGAGGAGAACUGGAGGACAUAACAAUGCAUUAUAAUUAUAUUAAUUAAUUUAUUGCCUUAACAGUAGCUAUUACGACACAUUAACAAGUGGGGAGAAAUGAGGGGAAACAGAAUACAAAGCAGCAAAAUUAUAUGUAUUAAACGCAAUAAUCCAAGCAUAAUCAACUUAUUAAUUAUAGCGUACGACAAAAUAACAUGUAAGCCAGUAUAGGAAGUAAAAAGAGAGAAAAAACUUGAGAAGACUUAUUUUACAUUAUUAUUAGCGGAUAUCAUUAGCGAUAUUAGAUUCUUAGACGAUAAAACAACAAACAAGAAAACAAAACAAUACAAAACUAAACUAAAAAGAAGAUAACAAAACAAACAAUUUAAUUCUAUUAUUCAAGAAAAAACGAACAAACAAACAAACCAACCAAAAUCGACUAUCUAUAUACUCCCGCAGUAGCAAAAUGCUAGCCACGAAGCCAUUUCCUAACUACUCUCAAUCCAUUCAUUCACUCAUCAAAACGAAUCAUCGGUGGUCAUAACGCGUAGCAACACCAAAACUCAUACACACAUUUUUAUCUCUCUUCAUAAUCCAAUAGCGCGCCGUUUAGCAAACAAACAAACAAAAACUUAGCGUGUCGUUUAGCAAAGAAAAACUUAUUUCGCAACGGGCGGAGAAGAAGAAAGGAACCGGCGAGGAACCAAAUAACAAAACAAUAAUUUCCACUUAAGUAAGGUUGACAAGCAAGAUGAAAAACUACUUGCUAUUGACAUUUUGUUGAUCAGUAGAAGUAAAAAAAAAGUUUCUCACCAAAGAUAAAGAAGAAAAAAUGAAAGGGAAAGAAGAGAAAAGCUCACCAAAAGCCAAUGAUUUCUGUUUCGGAGGCAGGUUUGAAUGAACACACAGACCCAAUAAACCGACAAACAUCUAAAUUAGUUUUUAAGCAAAAGUUAUCAGUUAAUACAUUCAUAUGUCGACAGAAUCUACUCAUGAGGAGAGGAAUGGGGAGAAAACAAAAAACCAAUACGCGCGUAUGUAUCUCGAAGCCAUAUUAUUCGCAUUUGUUCGCUUUAAACGCUAUCUCUAUUGAAUAUAUAUAGUAAACCCAUAAACAAAAGUAAAGGACGAAAAAAACGAGGAAGAAUAUUAGAUAAGUAGGGGAAAAAAGAAAAAACAAAAAAAGAACACAAAGCUAGAGGGUUUUUGGCCAUAUUUUACUUUUGAUUUUGUGUUUGAGAAAUUUUAGAGACUAGUUUUUGAAAGAGGAAAAAAACAUUUAAAACAAGUGAAACAAAUAAAAUAGAAAUAAAAUGAGCAGGUU